AUGAGCGCAAAGACAGCUCGCUUCGAGGACGACUUGCCAAGUCCUGGGCACCCCGGCUCUCCGUUCAAGCGAGCCGACUCCGAUCUGGACCUCGCGAGAUCGCCGAGAUCAAGGUCACCCUCUAUCGCUGAGACGGAUGACGGCGAGGAAGACGACUACGACUGGGACGCGGAAGAGGAUCUAGUUGACCAAGAGGCACGGUUCGAACAAAACAUGGGCCUGAGGAAGGAGUCGUGGGGCUUUAGAAGAUUUCUGGCGCUCACCUUUGGAUCACUCGUCGGGUCAACACUUGUGUCCGGAAUCCUCAUAACGCCAGCCUUACUCGUCCACUUCUAUUGGUACAAACCCCAUCCAAACGAGCAUCGCCGCUAUGUCAAAGACAACAUCGAAGCAUGGCUGUUCUGGGCCGCGGCUAACCUGACAAUCUCAUGGUACCUCGCACUGUUCGUGGAGAUUGUACCCGUGGUCGUGAACUAUACCAUCGCCAUUGCCUGGGGACACGUCAGCGAAAACGUGAAAUCACGGACAGAAAUGUACAGCGGGGUGAAGGAUACGAUCAAACCAGUCUUCUAUGCCGCGAGUGCGUGGGUCAGCUGGGUCAUCAUUUUCACGAAUAUAUACGGCCUUUACGACAUGGACAACACUGACAACAGUCGUGCUGGAUACACCGUACGGUUAUACGAUGUAAUCGAAUUCAUGUUCUUCUUCGCGCUGGUUAUAUGCGGUCAGAAGAUGCUGACGCACGCAAUCGCUUUCCAGUUCCAUCGUACGGCGUAUCGGGAACGUCUUGAUGCCGUGCAAGAGACCCUCAAGGUCAUAGAGAAGCUCCGAGCACAUAGACCCAAACGCUCUCACAACAAAUCUGCAUCGCUAGGCUUCGGCAGCCGCUCGUUCAACGCCUUCACCUACCUCUCCUCGUCACGCCCUGGGACUCCCACUCAUUCACGAGGGCAUUCUUGGAAUGUAACUCCGUCGCAGUCUCGUGCACCUUCUCCGUCCCCUCUCGAGCAUGAAAUACGCAUUGACAGGCAGGACUCCGAUACAACCAAUGAAGACAUUGAAGCGAUGCUUGUCAUGAAAUCGAAGGGAAAGCAUAAGCAACUGCGCUCCUUCUUCAGUCAUUCUCCUGAGCGAGUAGACUCAGACCCAAUCACCCCUUCGCAACACAGCCACUCCGGCUCUGCGAGCCCGCAUACGUACCCGCCCCGGCAUUCGCACAGAGGCGAUGAUCCUGAAGAUAUCUUGGACGUAAAGGCAGCGGUAAAGAGUGCCGCAAAGACGGUCAAAGCUGCCGUGCUGCAUGACGCAAGAAACAUUCAAGGUCGCCUCGACACUGAUCUCGGCGGGCUGGUCUGGGACGUCUCGUCAUCAUACGAAGCGAAGCGUCUUGCACGGAGCAUGUACAACGCAUUCCGCAGCCCGGGGCGAACCCACCUGGUUCCUUCCGAUUUCGAGGCUGCGUUUGCCUCCAAAGAGGAGGCGCAGGAAGCUUUCCGCGUGUUUGACACGGACAACAACGGCGACAUCACGCGUGCGGAGAUCAAAACGACGCUGCUGAAGGUGUACAAGGAGCGCAGGUCCCUCAGCCGGUCUAUGCGGGACGUCGGCGUCGCGCUGCAGACGCUUGAUAACAUUUUGCUGUUCUUCGCCCUGGUCAUCUUGUUUUUCAUCUCGCUCAGCGUCUUCGGCGUCAGUGUCGGUAAUUCCUUGACGAGUCUGUAUACGCUGGGCAUUGGCUUGAGCUUUGUCUUCAAGAACGCGUGCAGCAACGCAUUCGACGCUGUCAUGUUCUUGUUCGUCACACACCCCUUCGAUACUGGUGAUCGAUGCUUCAUUGACGAUGAAAACCUGGUUGUAAAGAAGAUGGGCCUAUUUGCUACUGUCUUUACCCGCCAGGACGGCACUGAAUCCUAUUACUUCAACAGCCAGCUUUUUACCAAAUUCAUCACCAAUGCGCGACGUAGCGGAAAAACCGCAGAGGCCUGUACUUUACAGGUGCACUGGCGUACACCUCUGGAGAAGCUCGAUGAGCUUGAAAAGUGCAUGAACAACUGGCUCUCGAAGGAGAAAAAUAGGUGGUUCGAGCCCAGCACUUCUGUGACAUUGCAGAACAUCAAGAACAUGCGGCACCUGGAGAUUACCAUAGGCAUCAGCCAUAAUGGUAAUUGGCAAGACUGGAGUGCCCGCCUCACACGCAAAACGGCUUUUUAUGCAGCUGCCGCGUAUUACUGUCGACAGCUGGGUAUCAUCGCGUACGAGGCGCCGUUACCGAUCGCGUAUGUCGACCCUGAUACCCAAGAGAUUAUGGCGUACCCCGGCGAAGACGACUUCAUGGAUGCCGGGUGGGACCAGCAAGAGGUUCAGUCGUCGCCACUACAAACCUCCCCGCAGAUUCCGCAGCAGCCGUCGAAGGAUUAUCGACCGAGUGCCCUCGGCUUCGAGCCGCCACCGGAUGGUCCGGGUAUCCGUGCUCGCAAGUCGAAAAGCCGGAAAGCUGGCAUGCGUGCAAAUGGUGCGGACGGCUGA